AUGAAUGGAGUCGCCUUCUGCCUGGUCGGGAUCCCGCCCCGCCCGGAGCCCCGGCCCCCUCAGCUGCCACUGGGCCCGAGAGAUGGGUGCUCCCCGGGGCACCCCCUCCCCUGGCAGGGGCCGCGGACACUGCUGCUGCACAAAAGUCUCCAGGAUGGCUUUGGCUUCACCCUCCGCCACUUCAUCGUGUACCCACCCGAGUCAGCUGUGCACUGCAGCCUGAAGGAGGAAGAGAAUGGAGGACGAGGAGGAGGAGGAGGAGGAGGAGGAGGACCCUCCUCCCGGCACCACCGCCUGGAGCCCAUGGAUACCAUCUUUGUCAAGAAUGUGAAGGAUGACGGCCCUGCCCACAGAGCGGGCCUGCGCACAGGAGACCGGCUGGUGAAGGUGAACGGGGAGAGCGUCAUUGGGAAGACCUACUCCCAGGUCAUAGCUCUGAUCCAGAAUAGCGAUGAUACUCUGGAGCUCUCCAUCAUGCCCAAGGAUGAGGACAUCCUCCAGCUGGCCUACUCCCAGGAUGCCUAUCUGAAGGGGAACGAGCCGUAUUCCGGAGAGGCCCGGAGCAUCCCAGAGCCGCCCCCCAUCUGCUACCAUCGCAAGACUUACGCCCCGCCAGCCCGGGUCGCCGCCUGGGCCACUAUGGUGCCUGAGCCCCUCUCAGCGCCGCCCAGUGACCCCCGGAGUCCUGCUGCCUGGAGUGACCCGGGGCCCCGUGUCCCUUCUGCCACCCGCACCCAUCUGGACAACCCUUCCUUGGGGAUGAGCCAGCCCCGCCCCAGCCCUGGUGCCUUCCCCCGCCUCCCCUCGGAGCCCCGGACGCCCCGUGCCUUCCCCGAGCCUGGCGGCCGGGUGCCCCCCAGCAGACUGGAAUGCCAGCAGGCCUUGUCACACUGGCUGUCAAACCAGGUACCCCGCAGGGCGGGGGAGAGACGGUGCCCUGCCAUGCCCCCCCGGGCCCGCAGUGCCUCCCAGGACCGGUUGGAGGAUGUGACUGCCCACCGCCCAUGGCCCUGCUCCACCUCCCAGGGUGCCUUGAGCCAGCUGGGUCAGGAAGGCUGGCACCGGGCUCGCUCUGAUGACUACCUGAGCCGGGCCACCCGCUCCGCCGAGGCACUGGGGCCAGGAGCACUGGUGUCACCCCGUUUUGAGCGCUGUGGCUGGGCGUCCCAGCGUCCGUCGGCCCGCACCUCUGCCUGCUCCUCCAGGGACCUUCCUGCGCCCCAGGCCCAGCCCCCGCCUGGCCUCCAAGGCCUGGACGACAUCGGGUACAUUGGAUACCGGAGCUACAGUCCAUCAUUCCAGCGCCGGACUGGCCUCCUGCACGCACUGUCUUUCCGGGACUCACCCUUUGGGGGGCUGCCCACCUUCAGCUUGGCUCAGUCCCCAGCAUCGUUCCCACCAGAGGCCUCUGAACCGCCCAGGGUUGUCCGCCCAGAGCCCAGCACCCGGGCCCUGGAGCCUCCCACCGAGGAUCGUCGCGACGAGGUGAUCCUGAGGCAGAAGCCUCCCACAGGCCGCAAGGUCCAGCUGCCCCCUGCAAGACAGAUGAACCUUGGGUUUGGUGAAGAGUCCCCAGAGCCAGAGACCAGUGGGCGAGUAGAACGCCUGGGCAGGAAGGUGGCCCCUUUGGCCACCACUGAAGAUUCUCUGGCUUCCAUUCCCUUCAUUGAUGAACCCACCAGCCCCAGCAUUGACCUCCAAGCCAAGCAUGUCCCCGCCUCCGCCGUGGUCUCCAGCGCCAUGAAUUCAGCCCCUGUCCUGGGCACCAGCCCCUCCUCCCCAACCUUCACCUUUGCCCUUGGCCGCCAUUACUCCCAGGACUGCAGCAGCAUCAAGGCCGGCCGCCGCUCCUCCUACCUGCUCGCCAUCACCACAGAGCGCUCCAAGUCCUGCGACGACGGGCUCAACACCUUCCGGGAGGAGAGCAGGGCUCUGAGGCGCCUGCCAAACCGAGUCCCCAGCCUGCGGAUGCUGCGAAGCUUCUUCACUGAUGGGUCCUUGGAUAGCUGGGGCACUUCGGAAGAUGCAGAUGCUCCUUCCAAGCGCCACUCGACCUCUGACCUCUCGGACGUCACCUUCAGCGACAUCAGGAGAGAAGGCUGGUUGUAUUAUAAGCAGGUCCUCACCAAGAAGGGGAAGAAAGCGGGCGGUGGCCUGCGCCAGUGGAAGCGGGUGUACGCCGCGCUGCGGGCGCGCUCCCUCUCGCUGAGCAAGGAGCGGCGGGAGCCCGGGCCGGCGGCGGCGGGGGCGGCGGCGGCCGUCGCAGGUGAGGACGAGGCGGCGCCCGUCUGCAUCGGCUCCUGCCUGGUGGACAUCUCCUACAGCGAGACCAAGAGGAGGCACGUGUUCCGGCUGACCACCGCUGACUUCUGUGAAUAUCUCUUUCAGGCUGAGGACCGGGAUGACAUGCUGGGCUGGAUCAGAGCGAUCCGAGAGAACAGCAGGGCCGAGGGCGAGGACCCCGGCUGUGCCAACCAAGCUCUGAUCAGCAAGAAGCUUAAUGAUUAUCGCAAAGUAAGCCAUAGCUCUGGGCCCAAAGCUGAUUCCUCCCCCAAAAUCUCUCGUGGCCUGGGGGGCCUCAAGUCUGAGUUCCUCAAACAGAGUACUGCACGUGGCCUCAGGACUCAGGACCAGCCUGCAGGGAGCAAGGAUGACAGUGCCGCCCCUCCCAAAACCCCCUGGGGCAUCAACAUCAUCAAGAAGAACAAGAAGGCAGCCCCUAGGGCAUUUGGGGUCCGGCUAGAGGAAUGCCAGCCGGCCAUAGAGAACCAGCGGGUCCCCCUGAUCGUGGCCGCAUGCUGUCGCAUUGUGGAGGCACGGGGGCUGGAGUCCACAGGCAUUUACCGGGUACCAGGCAACAAUGCGGUGGUGUCCAGCUUGCAGGAACAGCUCAACCGUGGGCCCGGCGACAUCAACCUGCAGGAUGAGCGCUGGCAAGACCUCAAUGUGAUCAGCAGCCUGCUCAAGUCCUUCUUCCGGAAGCUGCCCGAGCCUCUUUUCACCGACGACAAAUACAACGACUUCAUCGAGGCCAAUCGCAUCGAAGACUCAAGAGAGCGGCUGAAGAGGCUCCGGAAGCUGAUCCGGGAUCUCCCAGGACACUACUAUGAAACACUCAAAUUCCUCGUGGGGCAUCUGAAGACCAUUGCUGACCACUCGGAGAAAAACAAGAUGGAGCCCAGGAACCUGGCCCUGGUCUUCGGGCCAACGCUGGUGAGGACGUCUGAGGACAACAUGGCGGACAUGGUGACCCACAUGCCGGACCGCUAUAAGAUCGUGGAGACGCUGAUCCAGCACUCAGACUGGUUCUUCAGCGAUGAUGAGGACAAGGGAGAGAGAACUCCCGUGGAUGACAAGGAGCCUCAGUCAGUGCCCAACAUUGAGUACCUCCUGCCUAACAUUGGCAGGACAGUGCCCCCUGGAGACCCAGGUUCAGAUUCCACCACCUGCAGUUCAGCCAAGUCCAAGGGCUCGUGGGCCCCCAAGAAGGAGCCGUACGCCCGGGAGAUGCUGGCGAUCUCCUUCAUCUCGGCAGUCAACCGCAAGCGGAAGAAACGGCGGGAGGCGCGGGGGCUGGGCAGCAGCACCGACGACGACUCGGAGCAGGAGGUGCACAAGCCCGAGGCGCCGGCGCCGGGGGCGCGGGACCAGCCGGAGGGACCGCUGCCGGGCGCCGCCGACGCCGCCGACGCCGCCGCCGCCCCCGAGGCCCCCGGCCGCCUCAGCCCCCCGGCGGCGCCGGACGAGCGGCCGGCCGCGGACACGCGCUCCAUCGUCUCGGGCUACUCCACCCUGUCCACCAUGGACCGCAGCGUGUGCUCGGGCGCCGGGGGCCGGCGGCCGGGCGCGGGGGACGAGGCGGACGAUGAGCGCAGCGAGCUGAGCCACGUGGAGACGGACACGGAGGCCGGCGCGGGGCCCGGGGGGCGUCCGGCGCGCCGGCCGUCCUUCAGCUCGCACCGCCUCAUUCCCUGCGACACGCUGGCACGCCGCCGCCUGGCCCGAGGCCGCCCGGAUGGCGAGGGCGCGGGCGGGGACACGGGCGCGAGCGCGGGACGCGGCGGGGUGCGCGCCGCGGAGCCGCCGGGCUCGGCCUCGUCCAGCAGCCAGGAGUCGCUGCGCCCCCCGGCGGCCGCGGCGGUGGCGGCGCUGGGCUCGCGGCCGUCGCGCAUCGAGGCGCUGCGGCUGCGCCUCCGCGGCACUGCCGACGACAUGCUGGCCGUGCGGUUGCGGCGACCGCUGUCGCCCGAGACGCGGCGGCGCCGGAGCAGCUGGCGACGCCACACGGUGGUGGUGCAGAGCCCGCUGACCGACCUCAACUUCAACGAGUGGAAGGAACUGGGCGGCGGCGGCGGUCCCUCAGAGCCCGCGGGCCCUCGGGCACACAACGACAACAAGGACUCAGGCCUCAGCAGCCUGGAGUCCACCAAGGCGCGGGCCCCGUCGUCCGCGGCCUCGCUGCCGCCCGGGGACCCGGGGGCCCUGCAGAGCCAGCCCUCGCGCCGCUCGGCCGCCUCGCGCCUCCAUCAGUGUCUGUGACCAGCCCCCCUCCCCCCGCCCGGUUCCCCUCCCCCAGUCUUCUGUGGCUUGCGCCUCUUCUUUCGUUCCCCCCACCCCCCCCCGCUGCGUCUGGCGCUGCAGGCCGCGUCUGUCUAGUUUGUGUGCGGGGAUCGG